CUCUUCCGGUAGUAAUUGUCAUUAACAAGAAACGAAUAACAACAACAACACAUGUUACCAUACCUAGGUUUAUGUAGAUAACCUUGUGAACAACUUAGGUUAUCCUGUUCAGUGUUACUCAUCUUCAUUAAAGUUUAUGAUAUUCAUUAUGUAAAUGUUGGAAAAGUACACCAUCACCGUUUUGCAGACUUUGGACUUCGUGUUAAACUUCGCGACUUGAUGAUAACUAUCUACCACUAUAACAACGUUUUGAAGCCACCUUUUCAAUUCAAGGCUUUUGUUGUUUGACCAAAUUUUGAUGACUACUUUUGAAGUAGUUUGAAGCAUUUUCUUUAAUUUACUGGAGACUAAAUUGGUUUAAAAAGUAAAUAAAACUUAGGCUUAGAUCUGCUGAGUCUACUCAUGAAUUAAUUUUAACAAUUUAUUUGAAUUUUUAACUCAUUACUCAUUACUCAAAUGCUAUUAAUAAUUACUAAUGUUAUGUGGAUGGACCUAAUAAAUUAUUUCCUAUUGCUACCAUUACUGCUAUUAUUACAGUGUGUUAGUCAUUAGUAUUACGAUCACUAUCAAUGCUAUCAUUACUAGCUAUGACUGACUCUGUGAAUCAAAUUUUGAAAUUAGUCAACAAGUGUUUGACAACAUGGGGCCCAGACCCCACAAGAGGGCAAUUUGAUUUUUAAAUGGGGUGGGGUGGGGAGAAUUAGAAAAUGAGCUGUCUAGAGUUUGAAAACCAAACGUCUACUAAGAUUUAACUUGUAUUUUAAAAGGGGAGUCGUUAUAGUCUCAAUUUUAAAUAAGCAUCUUUAAAAGUGUUGUAAAAAUCUGUUCAUUUUAAAAUUAGUAAAAAAAAGUCUUAGUUGGCAAUAAAAUUAUAAUUAGAGCGAGUGCGUUUUCUUUUUUUUGCGAAAAUAAGCUUGUAUAAAUAUUUACUAAUAACAAAAUUAAGUGUGUAUAAAGUAUAAAUAUUAAAUGGUAAGUAUUUAAAAAAAAUGUAUUGCUUUUUUCUUGUUAAAUAUUUUUUGCUAUUAUUUUUACUUUCAUGGGAAAUUUCUUUUAGCCUGACAGUUAAAGGAGUAGUUCAAGCAAACAACUUAAUUUGUCAGUAUUUGGAGAAACAUUUUAAUUUGGAAUUAUAUCUUCUGUCAAUGAGGAAUGGUCACAUUUUUGUCUUUUAUGCAAACAGUGCUUGUCCAUUGAAUCAAUCAAACGAGGUUGUCUUGAAGGCCAAACAUAGUGCUCAUGUCAUUUCAGAUUUAAAUUACUUUCAAACUUUAAAGAAAAAUUUGAAAAAAGAACAACCUUUAAGUCUCUAUUAACUGCUCAUAUUGCAACUGUCAAUCAUAUUCUUGAGAUUAUUUAUGAAAUUUCUUUACUCAUUGCUAAACUAAUGCCAAAUAUGAGCGUCUCUUCAAUCUAUUUUGUGAAGAACAAAAUGAAGACCUUGUGAGACUUUUAUUUCACACUGAAUUAAGGUGGCUUUUGAAAGGGAACUACUUGAAAAGAUUUAUGUAACUGUUUGAUACUAUUGGCAACUUUGUAAGGGAGAAACCUGAAAGGAAGUACUUGUUAACAGUUGAUGGUAAAGCAUUUGUGAGUUAUUGAGCCAAUACAUUUGAAAAAUUAAAUAUAUUAAAAACUCAACUUCAACGUGCAAAUAAAACUCUUGUCGGUUCCAAAGAGAAAAAAAAAUUUGAAAAGUUUCAUUGGCUAAAAAAUGUGAAGUGGCUGAUACUGCUGUACUUGUUAUUUUCGAAAAUUUUGUCAGCUGACUUAGAUGAAAGAUCUGUGAUUUAAAGCAAAUUUAUUUUCUAACUUGGAUAAUGCAGACGAUGUUUGUGGUUUUAUCUUAUAUUUCUAAUACGCAAUUUCAAGAAGAAUUCGCAGAAAUGCAAAAUGAUGAUUCUGUUAAAACUUUAUUUAAUAUAAAAGGAGUGAUGGUAUGGCUUUGUGAGGAAACAGAAAUUGAGAAAUGAAAUUUCCAAAUUCAAAGAAAUCUGCAAGACAGCUGUUGUUCCAUCUUUAUAUUUAGCUGAAUAUGGAUUAAGUGCCAAAAGUGAUUUGCUAAAAAAUAAAAAAAAAGAAAUGAGCUGGAUAUAACACAGUGAGGAGACUUGAGACUAAAGCUAUCUAAAUUGGAGCCUAAAAUAAAAUCUCUGUGCAGCAAGUGCAAGUUUCUCACUAAUAUAUUCAUCAGAAACUGUAUUUGCGAUCGCUCAUUGUAUUUUAAAGUUAUAAAAAAAUGAAAAUAAAUGAAAAAAAUAAUAAAUUAAAAUAUUUUAGAAAAAAAAUAUUCCCUUUUGUACUUGAAUUUUAGUUCUCCAUUAAAUGUUUUGAAAUUUACUUCCUGUGUUUCCUUAAACAUUUUUUCAUUAAACCUAUUAAUUCAUAAAGCUUUUUUCUUGAGACUGAAGCUAUCUAAAUUGGAGCCUUACAUAAAAUCUCUGUGUAGCUAGCAUCAAGUGCAAGUUUCUUACUAAAUUAGACAUCUGACACUGUACUUGCAAUCUUUCAAUGUAUUUUAAAGUUAUGAAAUAAUGAAAAUAAAUUAAAAAAUUAAAAUAUUUUUUAAAAAAAAACGUUCCCUUUGUACUUGAAUUGCAGUUUUCCAUUAUAUUUUAAAAAAUUUACUCACUGUGUUUCCUUACAAAUUUCUUUGUAAAACCUAUAUAAAUUCCUAAUGCCUUUUUCUUUAGACUGAAGCUAUCUAAAUUGGAGCCUAACAUAAAAUCUCUGUGCAGCAAGUGCAAGUUUCUACCUAAAUUAGAAAUCUGGCACUAGAUUUUCAAUCUCUCGAUGUAUUUUAAAGUUAUGAAAUAAUGAAAAUAAAUGAAAAAAUAAAAAUAUUUUAGUUUUAGAAAAUAUCUUUCUUUUUUAAAUUGAAUUUCAGUUCUCCAUUCUAUGUUUUGAAAAUUUACUUACUGUGUUUCCUUUAAAAAAUUUUCAUAAAACGUAUUAAUUCCAAAAGCCUUGUUUCUUCUUCCUCCUAAAACCUAUCAUUUAGUUUUCAUUUAGUAAAAAUUUAAUAUUUGAAUAUUAAAAAUUAUGUAUAAAUUACUUUAGGGACAGAAGAAUAUUAGAAAGGCUUAGGUAUGGCAUGGCACAAAAAAAGUUUGAGAAACACUGGUCUGGACUACCUGUGAAAGUGUGUUUACUGUGAAGGUCUAAUCUAAGAGUCAAGAGAGUAAGAGAGAAGACUUUAACUUUAAAAUAACUUUGAGACAAUGACAAAAACUUUAAACUAAAUAACUGUGUUAGGAAAUGUGAUUUCAAGACAAUUAGGUAAUUUUUUUUAUGAUUGAUCACGUCUCAAUUCUUUUAAUAUGUAAUCUUGUUAACAUAAGCCAAUAGGUGUAAAUCAUUUUUUUAAAUCAGAUUUUAAAAUCAAACAGUUGUACUAAUAUUUAGGCUUAUUAUUGACUAUUUAAUUAUUACUUAUUUGGACCUCCUAUCGUAAGAAAUGUUACACAUACUGCCAUACUUAUAUUAGCAACUAAAAUUUCUAACAGAAGAACUGUGAAGUACCAAUGAAAACUUUAUAGUGGUUCUGAAGUGGUUAGAAAACAAAAUAUGAUAGUUUGUGAUUGUCUUAGAGAGAGUGAAAUCAUCCUUAUCCCAAAAAAUUUUCCUUCUCUCUUCUCCCUUUUACCACCAUUGAUUACAUUUAAUCAAUAGACCUGAAUACCUUAUAUAAAAUUAAAGUAAUAUAAAUAUAAAAAAAAUCAUAGAAUUAAUAAUUUUUAUAUUAUAUGAAUAUUUUUGAGUGUUGGAAAAAAUAUUUCCAUUAUUUGUUAUGGGAAAAUUCGCUGUGAUAUAGUGUAAUUUGGAUGACAAGCUAUCUUCCUGAAUGAAGUUUUUCAUGUAAUCUGAGAUUUUACUAUACUUGAGAUGUUUUUAUGCUUACGGAAGAAAACAUGAGUCAUUUUUUUUACAUAGUAACACAUUUUGAAACAUCUUAUUUGAAAAAUCAGAUGUCCGAUAAAAGAGUAACCCUUGGAUUUGCUGAGAAUUUCAUGCUGUCUGGAUCAGCUGCUGUUAUAUCAAAAACAUCCAUAGCACCACUGGAAAGGAUCAAAUUACUUAUGCAGGUAUUUCUUAAACAGAAAAAUAGCUGCUUAAGAUUGUGAGGUUUUUUUAUUAGAUUAUUCAGAUUUGGGGUUAUUGUUUUGUACUGUAAUCCCUAACAGAUUUAAAAAGUGAUCCAGAUUUUUCAAAACUAUUUAUGAAGCAUUAAAAUAAUAUGAAAUAAUAAAUAGUCAGAAUUAAAAAAUGGGCUUUAAAGUACUAAAACACUAAUACUCCCUUUGCAUGUCUGACCAUAAUGCAUGUUGGAUUGGCUCAGCAAAUGGGAAGAACAGGUGGGGACUGGAACAUCUUGUUUUAGAUAAUGGGUAAUUUCCAAAAAAUAGAUUACCGCCAUAUAGAAUGAAAUCCAAGCUCGCUUUGUCAUUGCAGGCAUGUGUACUGCUAGAGAUAUCAAUUAACAAGUUUGCAUAAGUGUAGAUUGCAUUUUCACAGUCAGGUCACUUUUAAAUAAAUAUAGGUUGCAAAGCACAUGUUUUGCUCGAGUUAAGGAACUACCUUACACUACAUCAGGUCAGGUAUUAAACUGGGUAUCAAAAAAGAAUAGGGAAGAUUUCAAUUCUUAAAAUACAGAAACUUUCUACAGCCACUUCACUAUGAUCUCAGCCUAACUUUGCUGGUUUGCAAGAUAAGUCAUAAUUGAAUACAUUUACCCUUAUUAUGAAAGUUUGAAAGAAUAAAAUGUUUUAAAAAAAAAAAAAUUCCUCUUCUUGUGAAAUAAAUUAUGCACUCUAAAAAUGUUUAAAUUCAAAUAGCAUUUUCGUUUAAAAUCUUGAGGCUUUGUAAAGAAAUAAUUUCAAUAGUUUGCUAUUUAAAAUAUAUUUAUCUCAGGAGGUGUAGUGUAAUCUGUGUUUAGAAAUUUACUUGAAGGGCUCCGACACUUAACUAUAGGUUUCAGGAUAUAUUCAUGUUGAUUUUCACAUUCAAAUAAAACACAUGAAAUAAUAUACAUUUUUAAAAUUUUGUUUAUAGAGCCAGGCCGAGCUGAUUAAAGUUGGUCGUCUCAACAAACCCUACAAAGGUAUAAUCGACUGCUCCAUAAAAAUAUUUCAAACAGAAGGUCUGCUAGCAUUUUGGAGGAGCAAUUUGGUCAACUGUGUGAGGUACAAUUUGUAUUGAAAUAAAAUGUCAAUGAUGGUAUUGAUAGAAUUUCAAUAAUCCUGCAUGGAAUAUUUAUAAUGUUUUGACGCAUGUAAUUCCCUGCAAGUGACAGUCUGGCCUAGGGUUUCUAGUGGUUGCAAAGAAUAGUGAUUAUAUUAUAAUAAGAAUAAGGGGGACAUUGACUUAAAGUUAAAAACGUAAAUAAUAAUAUUGGUUUUAAUUGAUUCAUUCACAAUUCACUUUAUGUAAUGUGUUGUAAGUUAAUUAUCCAAGUUACACAGAUCUCUCUCUGUAUUGAUUCAAAAUAAAUUACAUUUUUUUUUUCAAUUUUAAAAUGCAAUUUUACUUUAGUAGAAGGUGCGCGACUAAGAAAAAACAAAUUCAUAGUAGAUGCCGAACAUAAAAAAGAAACCCUAGUUUAAGUUUAAUAUUUAUUUUGUUUACGGUAGUUAUUAAGUUAUUAGAAGCGGACAGAAAAAGAAGAAUCAAAUUGGCUUAAAAUGGACCCUCAUUAUUUUUACAACCCCUUUUUAGAUGAUUUUUGUAGUUGGUAACAAAAAUUGCUUUUUCACAGUAUACAAAAUUUAAUAAAAAUAUUGCAGAAUGAACAACGAAAUGAAAUUUAAAAAAUUUAAUUGCUAUUAAAAUUAUUUUUUUUCCAACCCAGAUACUUCCCCACACAGGCCUUGAACUUUGCAUUCAAAGAUCACAUCAAAGGGGCAUUCCAGACACACCCUGGUGAAUCCCAUGGCAGGAAACUUGCUAAAAACAUUUUCAGUGGCAGCACAGCCGGAGCCCUGUCAAACUGCUUCGUAUAUUCCCUGGAUUACGCAAGGACCAGACUGGCCAUGGAUGCCAAGAGUGCCAUGAACCCUAUGGCGGAGAGGCAGUUCACAGGUGUGAUCGACGUGUAUAGAAAAACCUGGGCGGCGGAUGGGAUACGCGGCCUGUAUAAAGGCUUCUUUGUCUCCAUCAUUUCAAUCAUGGUUUACAGAGGGUUUUAUUUCGGUCUCUACGACAGCUUGAAACCUAUUUUGCUGGCUGAGAAUUCUGGGAUAGCCUUGUCAUUUGUUCUUAGUUACUCAGUGACUGUCUCCUCAAAUCUGAUGGCCUACCCGCUGGACACAAUUCGUAGGCGGAUGAUGUUCAGAUCCGGUGAAAAAGUUCAGUAUCGAGGAUCCAUUGACUGUGGAUUGCAGAUUAUAAGAAAUGAAGGUGCCAUGUCUUUGAUGAAAGGGGCCGGAGCAAACAUUGUCAGAAAUCUGGCGGGGGCUGGUGUGUUGGUGGGCUUCGAUAAAUUUAAAGAUUUGUAUCUGAGGUGGCAGUAUAUGAAAUUAUGAACUUGUGACAUUAUGGCUUAAAAAUACUUGAAAAAAUUUUUUUUCUAUCUUUAAAAAAAAGGGAAAUCAA